AUGAGUCAUUCGUAUCUUGUUUGUUUCCUUCGAAAUACUGCACAUGAAUAAAUAAUUCUUUUUAUUCUUUCCUUCUUUUUAAAUAUACUUAUUGGUCUCGCUACAUUCGCCUACCGGAUCGUCAUACACAAAAAGAGAACGUCAUAUACAUUUCAAUAUUCCAAAUUAGGAAUUGUUUACAAUGUUGUGCUGAGUAGCUUAAUGAUAGCUUCAAAUUAUUUGUCUAUACCAGUCAAACUUAAUUGGGACUACAAGGUCGAGUCGAAUUUGACUAUAGACAUCGCGGUUCUACAAACUGUACUUGGUACUAUGGUGAUCUGCGUGACUUUAAUUAGCUACUGCAUCAACCAGAAAUCCUUAGUGCGGAUCGCCAAUCGGUUAAUCAUCAUCGAGCACGAGAUAGAUCGUCUGUAUGAUCUAUAUCAUCCGCUACGGCGACAGCGUAUUCUCUGCACUAUAAUCAUCGUUUGCAUCUUGAAUAUUUGCCUUCUGAUACUUCUCCUGUUUAAUGAUAACCUGACGUUGGGUACGGGCCCAGUCUCAUGGCUGACGGAUAUUCUGCCGACAUUUCAUGUGGGUUGGCUACUGAUACAGUACUUUCUGUUGGUGACGAUUAUUCAGACAGAUUUCGCUGAUGUGAAUCGAGCGAUACAAAGUCUCACUAUCGAUACAUCUGAUCUUCGACUGCAGUCUCGCUAUCAAAUGCGUCGUAUCAUAGUCAACAAUUCGACCAUUCAUCAACUAUUGCAACUGCGAGAUAUGCAUUAUCAUCUCUGUGAAAUCUCUCAGAAUGUGUCGAGUUUCUACUCCCUACCAAUACUAUUCGGCAUCGUUUUUCUCUUUCUGACUCUAAUAUAUAAUGGUUACUAUCUUUUCUGGAUUCUAUUGAUAACUGAUGAUAUCUUAGAUUAUUGGACUCUAAGUAAUGCUAUCGUCUGGAUAAUAUUUUCGAUUUAUCCUAUCUUUCUCCUCACCAACAGAAUUACCAGGAUUUUAAUCGAGACGAAGAAAACGGGUAAUAUAGUGCAUUAUCUUUUAAACUGUGCAAUCGAGAAAGAGAUAAAAAUAGAGCUCAAGAAAUUUUCACUUCAAUCGCUACAUCGCAAAAUACAGUUUACAGCUAACGGAUACUUUUCGCUCGAUAAUACUUUUCUACAUUCGCUAACUGGUACAGUGAUGACAUAUUUGAUAAUAGUUGUGCAAUUUCAAAUGAUAAGCUUGCGUUCAUCGAUCGAACAGCAAUAUAACAAUACAGGGAGAGAGUUAAAAUAAG